AUGUCGCCUGCUACGACACGACGCACCGCGUGCCGGGGCGCCGAAGCGCAAUAUGCGGCUCCGGAACCCAGCGACAACGAUGACGACGCCGGGUCUUCAAGCUCGGAAGACGACGACGGGAUUCCUGCCAUAUCUCCGCACAAGAGGGUCGCGAAUGCGCGCACGAACGAACCCACCCUGUCUUUGCGGCCGAGUUCAACGAACAAGCGGCAUAUCGAAGGGGAAGCAAGCCAUCAGGAAAGGAAUGCCAAACGACAGAAACCUGGCGAGAAUGAAAGAGCUGGGGCUUUGCGUCAACCAAGUAACGCCAGUUACCCGACUCCAGAUUCGGCGCGGAGCGCAAAAGGCGCCCCAGCCACGGACAAGGCCUCUAGUGUUGGCAGUAUCCUCAACAGCAUCGAGGACGACGAUUACCACGCUGUGGCUCCAGGGGUGCUGGACAUGGUCAACGGCAUGGUCAGUGCAACGGUGCGCCACAGCUCACCCGGCCAGCAGCUGCGCAGAGAAGAGGCAUACAUUGAUGAUGAUGAGGAUGGAGUGGUGUCUGACCUCGACAUCGACGCAGGCUACGAGAGCGAGGACCAGGGAGAAGACGAAGAGUCAGAAGUUGUUGAAGGAUCGAGAUCGCCUGAGCUGGACGACAGAGACCCUGGUGUCGGCCCUUUUUCAGAUGAGGUUACGCAGCAAAUCCACCACGAAGCUGCCCAAAACCAAGAAUACGAUAGGCUCGCGAGGAUGGACCAAGGCAAUAUCAGCCUUGCUCAAAAAAACACGGGAGAAACUCCAACCGACUCCGCCGAUCCCCGUGGCCAUGGAGACCAUACCCGCCAGUCGGCAGAACUACCACCCAUAGACCCCUAUGAGAUUCCAGACUCUCCUUCGGAAGGGGAUUCCAAUCAUAUUUCAUCGGAGUCCUCAAAUCUCGGCAGAUUGCGAAGUCCCGACUCCGCAGUACAAACUGCUAUCAGACGGGAUCAGUCGGACUCAAUUGAAGAGGAGGUCAAGUCAGGUAGAACGCCAGGGCAAUCCAAUGCCAGAGUUAAUCGGGAAGAGGUGGACGACUUUGAAGAUCCUGCACUGCCAACAUUGUCACAGCUCCGUGCUCAACUCCAUGUACGCGACACGCAGCCACAGGGAUCCCGAACCAUGGCAGUAUCCGAUCUGGAACUUGAGGUGGACCGAGCCAGUAAAAGGGCUAUCUUACGAAAAGGUCCUAAGUUACAUUCGAGAACCACCUCUGACCAUACUCCGGAGGAUGUGGGCGUCAGUGAAUUUACGGCCGAGGUCGUACUUUCGUCCGAUGACAACGAGGUUGAUGAUGUGGGUGGCAUCAAGAGACAGUUUGCGGAGGACCUACGUGUGUUCAGGGCAAAGCAAGUGGUACUCGAUGACGACUCUGCAUUCGUAGAUGCGCCGCUCACCGCACCUUCGGCUACGAUUUCUCUCCCUGAUAACAAACUCAGAUCUGCCUGCAAUCUAAUGACAAGGCUGGGAUGGUCUGCCAUCUCUAAGGACUGGGAAGAGAAGCUGACUCUCUCCUACCGGCCCGGCACGGCUGCUGCGAGGCAGUUAGUACAUUACCUGAAGAAGUUCGAGCGCUUCUGCGUCAUGGUAUCUUUAGCCACGGGGAUCUCAAGCAAGAACAAGUUCGUGGGGGAGCAUAAGGACCUCCUAAAAUACCUUUUCACCAAGAUUGAUGCGUGCAUCGACCUGAUUCGGUCUGAGCAACUCUCUUUUGCUCCUUCAACUCGGUCCCGACAACCCGAUCCCGAAUCCCGCAAGGAUAUAACGCGCGACCUCAUCCGGCUCGUGAUCCCCUUGCUCAUCCGAGUGCUCGGUGAGGCAUGGGCUGUCGGCGGGGAUGAGCUCUCCUUUACCGAAUGCACCCUGCAAUUGCUGAGCAAGCUAGUUGGAUGGACUCGGAAGCUCUACGCUCCACUCAUGAGAGAAAUCCAGAUCCGACCUUUUGUCGAACAGGCACCCAACCGCCAGCGUAGAAGUAUCCAGGGGAAAAUAGAUCAAGAAUCACGAAACGCUCUAGGCCCAAUUCUAGACCAGCUGCAUGAGCUUCUCAAGGAGGCGCCUAGUUGCCUGCAGCAAGUUGAGGAGGAUGAGGCCGAACUGGAGCGCCUAAGGCAACAUAGCCUGCUCAAAGCAGCAAAGCUCAAGGCCGCAAGAGAACGCGAGGCCGCUCGAGAGGAAGAAGCAAAGCGGCUGCAGAAUCUGAACGUUGUCCGAGCGAUUCGGGGAGAACCUCGGCUACCUCCAACAAGGACGAUUCAGCCCAUGCAAUGGAGGCACGAAGAGGAGGUUUGCCUCUGCAAUAAGUUGAAAGAAGCGUUCAAUUACGAUCCCCCUCGGCUCCCGGACCUUACGCUUAUUGCGGCAAUGGUGGGCCACAGCAGGCCGGACACCAAGGCCAAGGCAGGAGAUCUGCUUACCCAAAUGCUUCGCACAGUAUACCCACAUAGAAGUCGCCGGGAUAUUCAGUCCCAAGUCGAUGGUCUGAUAAGACGAUGGGCAUAG